CGACGAAGACUUUCAGGCACUUUGUACCGAUACUGCGCUGGAUACGGCAAUCUACUACAGAGACGAUCAUGGCCGAGAAGGUGCGGGCUUAGCACACGGAGGUCUCGUACGGCUCUUUUCAAAAGAGAGUUGAGGCGGGAGAAACCGUUGACUGUAUCGUCAAUUCCCUCGGCGAGGACAAGCUCUCGGACGACGAGAUCCAUAGUACGUGUUUGUCGCUUCUUUAAGCCGCUCCAGAUACAGUAGCUUCAAGCGUCUACCAAGGUGUCGCAUGGCUGAGUUCGCCUGAAGGACAGAGUGCUCAAGAAGCAGUGUACGAAGCAAUUCUGACUGCGUACUCUGGUGAUCGUUCGGCGGCCUGGAAUGGUGCUUUCCGCGAAGAAAAGGUGCCGCUGCUCGUAAGCCUGUACAAGGAGACAAUGCGCUUCUUCAUCAUCGCACCCUUCGCAAUUCCUAGACAAGCUUCCCAGGAUAUCGAACACAGAGGUAUCAAGAUACCAAAGGGGAUGGCGGUAAUCCUGAACUCGCAAGCCGUCAGCCACGAUACAGAUCAAUUCGGGGACGAUGCUUGGCAUUUCAAUCCGGAGAGAUAUCUUGACGACGAUAGUCCACUGCCUCAUUCCGCGUUCGGAGCAGGAUCAAGGAUAUGCCCGGCGGUUGGCAUCUCCAACAGGCUGACUUAUGCCAUUUUGACGCGUCUCAUCCUCGCUUUCCGCUUUCGCGAGCCGGUGGAUGGUAUGGGCAGGACGCCGGACCUUCAUCCCAUCAAUUUCUCAGAUGUAUCAGAUCGCACGCAGGAAGCACACCCAAAGUUCUUUGACUGCCACUUCGUCGCUCGUGAUCCAGAGUGGCUCGCGAGCGUGUCCAAGUAGUCAAAGCCAGCCAACCAACCAUGAUGAGAUGAAAUAUAGCUAUCGUCCAUCGGCUAUCACGUGGAAAUGGCCUCUGGCAGCAUAUGGAGGACGGUGCAUCGGCCUCAACAAAAUGGUGCUCUUUUCGGUUCACCAUUACCACUUGGAAAUUCUGAGUUUCGUGUAUUCGUGGACCUUCCAUGUAUCUCUACCGUUCCGAGAGGUAUCAUGCUCCAAAAGUCCGGG